UGCCAGAAAAAUCUGCCUCUGUCCCUUUAAUUUCUUGAACACCAAACAAUUUCAUUGGUUUCACAAGCUAGAUGCAGCAUAUUGACUCAGGAACCCAACGAUAGCAAAGCCAGGAUUGUCUCUUCCUUAUACUGAAUAACACAGUUUAUCUGUGUAAAGUAAAAUUCUAUGCUUACCUGGAAUGUUUAUUACAUAAUGGGGGACCUGGAAGCAUUAAUAUGGUCCAAUGUCUGAAUUUUUGGAAGGCUCUGGCACCAUCCCCACCAACUACACUUUAAUGGCCCACAACUCUCCUAUGAAUGAGACAAUGGUUUUCCAUGGCUUGCAGUUGGUUCAUCGGCUAAAAUCACUGAUUAUUCUGAUGUACACAGGUGUGGUAGUUGUUGGGAUGGUAGGCAACUACCUUCUGGUUCAUGUCAUUCUGCAUGUGAAGAAGAUGCAUAACGUGACCAACUUCCUUAUUGGGAACCUUGCUCUUUCUGAUGUGGCCAUGUGCACCACCUGCAUCCCAUUCACUCUUGCCUACAUUUUUGAGCCUCGUGGCUGGAUUUUCGGCAGCAGUAUGUGCUACUUUGUGUACUUCAUGCAGCCUGUCACAGUCUAUGUCUCUAUCUUCACCCUGGCCACCAUUGCUGUAGAUCGAUACAUUGUCAUUGUGCACCCACUGAGACGUCGAGUGUCCUUGCAGCUCAGUGCUUACAUGAUUCUCUUCAUCUGGAUUCUCUCCUGCUGCUUGGCAUUGCCAGCCAUGGCACAUACCUAUUAUGUGAAGUUGGGUCAACAGGGAGUCAUGCUUUGUGAAGAGUUCUGGGGGGACCAAGAGCAUCAGAGACAAAUCUAUGCUAUGUGCCUGCUGCUCAUCACCUACCUCUUUCCUUUGCUGGCCAUACUAGUAUCCUACAUUAAGAUCUCUCUCAAGUUAAAGAACAGGGUUAUGCCAGGUAGUGUGACUCAAAAUCAGGCUGACUGGGAUAGAGCUCGGAGGAAAAAGACAUUUUGUCUCUUGGUUAUGGUAGUGGUAGUCUUUGGGGUGUGCUGGCUUCCCCUUCACACCUUCAACCUUAUUCGAGACGUUAACAUUAGUGCUAUUGAUGCUUACUAUUUCAGUCUGGCCCAAUUAUUUUGUCAUUGGUUUGCUAUGAGUUCUGCAUGCUACAACCCCUUCAUUUAUGCUUGGCUACAUGAUAGCUUUAGGGAAGAGCUUAAGAAAUUACUUGCUUGGCACAGAAAAAUAAUUCCUGCUGGGCAAAGUUUAACUGUUAGCGUUGUUAUCUGACCAGCUUUCCUCGUCUUGUGAUUAUCACUGAGCCCUUAAUAUUUAUGAGCAGAAUUAUUCAAAAUUGCAAAUAGCAGACAAUGGUUGUGACUUCUGUGCUGGGCAAGACCCAGACCUCCUUCGGUUGUCAUGGUUUGGUCACAAUUAUGUAUACAUGUAACAUAAAUUCACUGUCUGAUUUGCACAUGAAUUCUUUGAAGGACACAGUUGGGAAAGGAAAAGGCCUUGGAGAAUAGUAUUUGAAAUAAUUUUUACUUUGGUCCUUAAAAACAUUCUGUAUAGACAGUUUUCCAGUGUGGAUGUGUUGGCCCAAGAAAUGUAUUUCUUUGUAUGAUAUUGAAGAUGUUUGUUUAGCGGGGAUGUGAAUGUAAUUAAGAUCUAAUUUAUGUAUUUAAAGCUGUCAGUUUAAGGUUAUGUGUGUGUCUGACUACAGAGGCAUAAUCAGAUAGUUGACAUAAAACUAGUAAAAUUUCAGCAUUUUAAGGUAUAUGUUGUGAAAAAAUGUUAACUAUAUUUUGUAUGUUUUCAGUCAUCUGAAAUAUUUAAAGCAGUAUUUUCACAAUUUACAGUUGCUAGAAGAUCUUAAAUACAGAAUUUUCUGUCUCUUUCCUCCUCUCUCUGAAUCUCAUCAAGUCCACACAUUCACAGUUUUUCCCAUAAGAGGAAGGAGAAUAUAUAAGUUUUACUCCAUACUAGAGAACAUUUUCAUUGUUAGAAUACAUUUUUAUUAGUCAAAAUGUUACAUGAUUCUAAAGGUACAUAGUUUUAUCUAUUGGAACAAUCGUGAGACAAUUGUGUCUUCGUUGUUGCUAGGGUAUCUCAAAAUGAAGGAUCAUGAUGUGUUGUAAUGCAUAAUUUUAACAUAUGUUAUCUGUUAAUAAAGACA